UUGAGAGCUUGCUGUUGGGUAACUAAGGACGCGAGGCGGUUGCUGAGCUCUGGUGGCAGCUUGUGGGUGCCUCAACUAGACUCGGGUCUCGCCCGCCAGACGAGAAACUUUUGUUUUUCUCUCUAGCUGGAGUUCUCCACCUGUUUGCCAUGAGUAACGAGUUCCUGGCGGAGCUGCAUUGGGAGGAUGGAUUUGCCCUCCCAGUGGCCAACGAAGAAAACAAAUUGCUGGAAGAUCAGUUAUCAAAGCUGCAGAAUGAAAGAUCAAACUUGCAAGAUCAGCUACAUGACUAUGAAGAGCGAAUUAAUGCUAUGAAUUCUCACUUGAAAAAUGUUAAGCAAGAAUUCUCAUUUACACAGUCUCUUUACAAAGCAAGGGAGAAUGAGAUUGAAAGUGAAGAACAUUUUAAGGCCAUUGCUGAAAGAGAACUGGGCCGAGUAAGGAAUGAAAUACAGCGACUAGAAAAUGAGAUGGCUACUAUCCGAGAACGGAAGACGGACAAAGAAAAUGGCAUAUUUAAAGCCACUCAAAAACUGGAUGGUUUGAAAUGUCAAAUGAACUGGGACCAGCAAGCAUUGGAGGCUUGGUUAGAAGAAUCAGCUCAUAAAGACAGUGAUGCCUUCACUCUUCAGAAAUAUGCACAACAAGAUGAUAAUAAAAUUAGGGCACUGACCCUGAAGUUAGAAAGACUGACCUUAGAAUGUAAUCAGAAACGAAAGGUUCUUGACAACGAACUUACAGAGACUCUCAGUGCCCAGUUAGAACUAGAUAAAGCAGCUCAAGAUUUUCGUAAGAUUCAUAAUGAAAGACAAGAACUCAUUGAUCAGUGGGAGAACACAAUUCAACAGAUGCAGAAGAGGGAUCGAGACAUAGAUGACUGUGCUUUGGCAUUGACAGAGAUAAAACAGGAAAUAAAAGAAAAAGAAAAUUUGGUUAAAGAAAAGAUAAAGUUUUUGGAAAAUGAAAUUGGCAAUAAUGUAGAAUAUGAGAAAAGAAUUUCUGCUGCUGAUCGUAAAGUUUUAAAAUUUAGAACACAAUAUCAAGAUCAUGAAACCAGUAGAAUUCAACUGAAGGAUGAGCUAGAUUCUUUAAAAGCCACUGUGAAUAGAACUGCCAGUGAUUUAGAAGCUUUGAGGAAAAAUAUUUCCAAAAUAAAGAAGGACUGUCAGGAAGAAAGACAAAGGUUACAAAAAUUUAAAAAUCAUAAUCAGAUCAUUAAAAAAAGAUUGAAUCAGAUAACUCAGAAAACCAUGUCUGUGGAAGAGAAAGCCACCAAUUUGGAAGAUAUGCUAAAGGAAGAGGAAAAGAGUGUAAAGGAAGUGGAAGUUCAGUUGAACAUAGUGAAAGACGUGUUUUUUAAGAAAGUCCAGGAGUUACAGAACGAGAAAGUGAAAGAAAAAGCUCUUGUAUCAGAAAUUGAAGGAACUCGUUCCACUCUGAAGCAUCUCAACAAUCAGUUACAUAAACUGGACUUUGAAACCUUAAAACAGCAACAGAUUAUGUACAGUCAGGACUUUUGUGUUCAACAAGUGGAACGAAGAAUGUCACGGUUAAAAGGAGAAAUUAAUUCAGAAGAAAAACAAGUUCUGGAAGCAAAACUUGUUGAACUUAAGAAGUCAUUGGAAGAGAAGAAGUCUACGUUUGACCUUUUGGAAACUCAGAUCAAGAAACUUCAUAACGAUCUUUACUUUUUCAAGAAGUCAAAUAGUAAAAAUUCUGAUGAAAAACAGUGCCUUAUGACUAAAGUGAAUGAAUUAAACCUUUUUAUCAACAGUUCGGAGAAAGAACUUAAUAAAGCCAAAGUUUAUAAACAGGAUUUGAUGAUAGAGGACAAUCUCUUAAAACUUGAGGUUAAACGGACUCGAGAAAUGCUUCACAGUAAAGCAGAAGAAGUUCUGUCCCUGGAAAAAAGAAAACAGCAGUUGCUUACGGCUAUGGAAGAGCGAACGGAGGAAAUCAAGGUUCACAAAAGGAUGCUUACCACACAAAUAAGACACACUGAUCAAGAACGGCAGAGCAUAAGUGGUGAGUUCCAUGAACGACUCAGUAAAAUUGAUAAGCUGAAAAACAGAUAUGAAAUUCUUACUGUUGUUAUGCAGCCUCCUGAUGGAGAAGAGGAGAAAAUACAGGCCUAUUAUGUAAUAAAGGCUGCUCAAGAAAAAGAAGAACUUCAAAGGCAAGGUGACCGUUUGGAUGCUAAGAUCAACAAAGCUGAAAAAGAAAUCUUUGCUCUAGAAAACACCUUGCAAGUGUUGAACAGCUGCAACAGAAAUUACAAACAAUCUUUUAAGAAAGUGACUCCUUCCAGUGAUGAGUAUCACUUAAAAACUCAACUAGAAGAACAAAGAAGAGCUGCAGAUGAAAAAUACAGAUAUAAACAGAGACAAAUUAGAGAACUUGAAGAAGACAUUCGGAGCAUGGAAAACACUUUACAACUUACAGAAUAUUUAGCAAAUAAGGCCAAAGAAAAAUUAUCAGAAAAGCAAGCUCUUGCAGCUCACCUACAUAAAGAAACUGAGGAGCAGAAGCCAAAAUUACAGAGAGUGACUAAACAGUGUGCAAAACUCACAAAAAACAUACGUCUUUUGAAACAAACAAAAGAUGAAACGCCAGAAGAACAAGACAUUAAACUUCGUGAAGUAAAGCAAUUUCAUAAAGUCAUUGAUGAAAUGUUAGCUGACUGUAUAGAAGAAAAUGCUGCUAUCCGUUUUACCCUUCAAACAUACUUCAAGCAGAAUGGAUUAGAGCUACCUAUAACCAGUAGUAGUAAAGGCAGCCAGAGUUCUGUAUCUUCACAGGCCUCAUCGGUAUCUCUAAGGUCUUCUAGGAGUAGCGUAAAUACUUCUGCUUCUCAGGCUUCGAUUAAAGUAUUAGAGCUCAACCUCGCAGACUCUUCACCAGUAGGCACUAAUUCUAGGCCAGUCAGUGCUAGCAAUAGUUCUACUAACUUGAAAAGCAACAAGAAUGGCAAAUAAACAUUUGAAACUUUUUUGGACAAGCUUUAAACACUAAAACAAAAAUCUCCUACCUAUCCUAAGUCCCAUCCGAUUUUUGAGCACCAAAUAAUGAUCUAAAGAGGCCUACUGAAAUAGUGUUAGAAAUAAAAGGCUAGGUUUUUUAAUCCAGUAGAAAAUAUGAAAAUGUAAAAGCUAUUAUUAAGGUAAUUUUCUUAAGUUUCCUACUACUUUGCACUUAGGAAAGGAAAAUAAUAGCAGAUUCUUAAUAAGGCUACAAGGUAUGUAAGUAUGGGCAACAUGUUUCCAUUGCAAUUUUGAUGUUUGUAGUGUUAGAAUAUACUACACAUUUGUAACAGAAUCCUUUAGGAAGAAAUUUUUGAAGAUUCAUUGCAUAUCACAGUAAGAAAUUUUGCAUUUAUCUUACAAGAUCCCCAUAUUAGGCUUCCUUUAUUCAAAGAAAUUUAUUUUGCAGACUUUUUGUGGAAAAAAAAAUCUGUUAAAGGCAGUCCCUUCUUUUGGUAUAAAUCUAUAAUUAAAAGACAGUAUUGACCCCCACCCCAGAGGAAACUGGUAAGAGAAAUGCAGCUUAGUUAAAAAAAAAAAAAAAAGCGAGCAUAAAUCUCUAAGAAUUAUUCUACACUGCCCUUGAAAGAAAUCAAACACAUUAAAGAUUCUGCUUUGAAAAUAAGGCAACCAAGCACAUUUUGGAAAUUUACUUAAUAAACAAUUUAAAGCUAGCUAGCUAUGAUUCACUAUUAGAAUUCCAGACUUACACUGGAGAUAGACCAUCAGAUUUAGAAUUAGUUUUUCCAGUUAAUUAAUUUGUGCCCAGCCCUUGAACUUUCAAAAUAGGGUAUGAGUGCUUGCUUUGGCAGCACUCUGAAAGUUAUUCUCUUUCAGAGAUUUCAAAUAAAUGUACCAGAAUUUAAGCACACAUCCUUUAAACCAUGUUGUUUUAGAAAUAGCUUAGAAAAUACAGCAAAGUCUGCAAAGUCUACAAAGUAAGAGGGGUAAAAAGCUGGGCAAUUUUUUUGGCUGAAACAUUGCUCUGAGAACAAGAUUUAUUUAGAAGAUCUAAAAACUGAUUAUUCUUAGUCAUUUUGUUCAGCCAUGUUCUUACUCUCAGUUGUAUAUCUGUCUGUAAAUUAUGUGGAACUCAAAACAUUAAAUGUAUUCUAUGAAGGUAGGAGUUAAAAAUCUUAUUACCAACUUUCUGACUUUGUUUAAUUAUUUCCCCAUGCUGCACCUGCAAUAUGGAAAAUAUUGUGCAGUAAAUUAUGUACAAAUUUACUGACACUGGAUAAUGUAAAUGUACAGGCCUUGACACAUAUAAUUAUGCUACAACUGGAACUUUUAUCUACUAAAUUGCUAUCGAGAGCCUAGCAUGGAAUUUGUGAAAUGGUUAGGUUUUUCAGCCAGCAUACAAGUUUACAUUUAACCCUUAGAUACAAUAAUAGUUCUAACUUCAAUACAAUACUAACUGACAAAACACAGGACCAAUGACUGUUUCUCCAAAUCUGAUCUUAAAAUUCAAUGUGAGUUCUUUUAUUUAUUGAAACAAAGACACAGACAAACCAUAGACUUACUGAUAACUGAGAAAAAUUAUUGAAGAUGUCACAAUGAAUUUCUGACAAUUUAAUCCCAUAUAUAUAUAUACACACACACACACACACACACACAUAUGGGAUUUUAUAUAUAUAUAUAUAUAUUUUUUUUUUUUUUUUGCUGUGAUGGGUUUUAUAAACACAUCAUUAGAAAUUGGUUGGACUCUGCUUAAAUCCUGGAAAAGAAGGAAUUUUAAAAUUCAAACAGCCUAAAAGAUAAGGCACUACCUUAACAUUGAGGUAAAAUGGCAUGUAUAAAAUUGUAAGCUAUGCUAGGGAUUCUCAAGUGUCAAGGGGCUAUGCCAAGAGGUAGUUUUUGCUUUUUGAAAAGCUCACUGUGGUCAGGUGCUAUGGCACGUAUCUGUAACCUAAGCUACUUGGGAGGCUCAGGCAGGAAGACUGUUAAGUUUGAGGCCAAGUUAACCUAUAUAGUGAGACUAUCAAAAAAGAUAACAAGUGAGAAGGAUGCAGCUUAAUGGUAGAGUGCAUGCCUAGCAUGUUAAGAGAAUUCAGUUAAUCUUCAAUACUUCAAAACACAGCAACAAAAACGUUAAGCAGAAGUGUGUAGAGAUGACAGUAGAACUAUUAGUAUACAGAACACUGGGUUUCUUGUUGCAAAGGCUGGUGCUUGAGUGACCUAGCCUAUUCCUGCUGCUAUUACCUAUGUCCUUAACCAGGAUUUCUUUUCCCUGUUCCACUGAAAAAUUAACUUUAAGAUUUUUCCAUUAGGCUCAUAUCAUUACAAUCUGAAGGACACCAACAUUAUUACAUAGUAAUAAAGGUUUGACAGGAGGAAGAACUGGUUUCUUCCUCUAUCAUUCUAUUUGGACCUUUGUAGAUGGAUCCCCACCUGCCCUCCCACCUACACUCAGCCUGUGUCAUGAAUCAUGAGACUAAAAUUCCACUGCCAUUUACAGCUUUAGAAUCUUAAAUUACAAAGAUUCUAAAAAGCAUACUUAUCAAUAACUCACAAAGAGAUUACUAUAUUCAGUAAUCUGAGGAUGAUCUUUAAAAUGCAAGUCCUUUCUUUAGCUCUAGCUGUUGAAAUUCAUUCUGAAUAAAAUUAAGCUGUGGUUGCCCUAGUCUUUUAUUCAGAUCUUGAGAAAAGAGGCAGUAAGGGAGGCAAGAUGCUAAGAAGGAAGAAAGUAAAAAUGUAAGCCUGUCCAAGGCUAUUUUUAAACAGGCCUAGCGACUGCCCAACAGAACAUUUGCAAUACGAGGACCGUUCUUUAACUUUCUUUCCCCAGAGCAGUAACAGAUUUACAGUGUGCUUCUGUACCGCUGCUCUUUCUAUUCUAACCUACUCUUGCCUAGAAUACAGUCUCUUACGGGCCUUACCAGUGCUUAAGGUUUAAUUCUUAUGGCCAUAAUGAUAAUGGUAAGUAAAAAAAUAAUAAUGGAUAAAUAAGCUAAAUAGGUUCAUCAGCUUUCCUGGUCUUAUUUGAAGGUGUCUGUUUAAGUAAAAGCUAAUGAAUGUUCAGACCACUUUUAAUUAAAUUAGGCUUCUUAGAGGCAAAUUAAUAGAUAUGAUCUACCAUUUUAAAAUAAAAUUCUGUAACAGUUAAACAAAUGAUAUAAAAUAGUACUCGAGACAUUCAAACAUACUCCCUCAAAAUCUGAGGGCUUUUAUUUAACAGAAAAGAAUAAUUCUUGAUGAAAUUAUCUAAGCAUUUAAUACGCAAAUUUAACUUUCUGCCAAACAGAAAGACAGGAUGGGCUCAGGAAUUUGCAUACACCUUAAUACAAUGAAGCAAUGUUUUCAGAGAAUUACCUUAGUUUAGGUAAAGAAAUUUCAACUGGCAUAGUAAGAAAUAUACUGUACAUAAACAUACUCAUGGAAGGCAUAAACUCAACUUGUGACAAAGGGACCUAAAACUGAAACAAAUUGCAGGUAAGCUUUCUGUAACCUCUACAAAUGUUUUUAGAAGCAGGUGUUUCAGCAUCAGAUUGUAUGACUAAAGUACACUAAAAUAUUUACCAGCAGUGCUUGGUAUAAUGGUACAAAUUUCCUUGGCAUAUUAGUUUUUUGGCUUAUUUCCUUUUUCUUUCUCAAAUUCAGCUAUCUGGUUAAAUAUAUUGAGUAAAUUUUGAGGUAAA